AUGGGGGCAGCCCUGAGCUCGCAGGGCUACGAUGGCCAGUCGCAGCUGGGUGCAAAGCUGGCCUCAAAGCAGCCUCUGCUCGUGGCUUUCAUGUCACCACAGUGCGGCCUGUGUGCCUCGCUGCGCCCAGCUCUGACGGAGGUGACGCGGCAGAUGGCCUCCAGCGGCAGCAACUGUAGGACGCAAGUUGCGUUUCUGAAUGCGCAGCAGGACAAGCUGUGGGCGCCAGAGAUGCUGGCGUUCAGCAUAGAGACGGUGCCCUGCUUUGUGCUGCUCGACAGCUCUGGCCGCGCCGUCUGCAAGACGCCACCACCGCGUGGCCGGCAGCAGAUGGAGGCUGCCCUGCGGGAGAUGGCGGAGCAUGCCGACACAUUGGCGCGACGCUGA